AUGAAUCAGACAGGUACCAACAACAGUCCGACCGGCGCUCGGCCUGUCCGGAAGGUUCGGUCGGCGUGUAUCCGUUGUCGAAAUCGUCGUAUCAAGUGUGAUGGAGAGGUACCGGCAUGCAGGAACUGUCUCAAAUCCCACGCCACUUGUGUAGAUGCAGAUGGGAGGCUUGGCGAUGUGCUAUUACCACGUAGCUUUUCUGCAGACUGUAUUCGACGAAUCCAGUGGCUAGAGCAGAUCAUACAGACACAUUUACCGCAUGUGGACCUUUCCGCCGGCCCAAAACUCGAUGGCUCAAGCCAGGCGACCCUCGAGGCACGUUCGUCUCUCGCAAUCGCCCCCGAAAUCGCCGUCGCCAGAUCAUCGCAGUCCCUUGAUGGCGCAACGAGUGAGCCUCAGCCCGAUUGCUGGGAAUCACCCCCUGGUGACUCAAAUAUUGCCAACGAGGUUCGUGCAGUGGCGCAUAGCUUAGGACAAGUGUCGCUGCACGAGGAUUCCCGACAAACAUAUUAUAUGGGCACUUCCACUGGUAUUCUUUUCGCGCAUCUUGUUGGUGUUGCUGGUGCAAGCACUUUCAGUAUUCAAUCCUCGCCUGAUUCAACGCCGAGGCAGGCGCCAAUAGCCAUGCAUCAUACUACUUUGGAGCAGUUGAGAGCUACGCUUCGUCAAUUUACUCAGGAAUUGCCACAUCGUGCUCGAUGUCAGUAUUUGCUGGAUGAAUACUUCCGUACUGUACAUCCUGACUUUCCUGUACUCGACCCGGAAUCUUUGUGUCGAAUCUGCGAAGCGGUUUAUGAUUUCUCUUCAAGACCACUCUCUCCAACGCUAGGAAGAAAAGGCUGGCCCGAGGAUGCUCCGGCAUUUGCAUAUAAUGGCGAAAUGGAAAUAAGAGAUGGUCGAUACGAAACAUCAAUCUCCAUAUACACCGCGGCAUUUCAUGUGCUUAUGGCUUUGAGUCUAGCGUCUAUAUUCAAGGUCCGUCAGAAGCAUUCAGAAGAUUCCCCCCAACGACUCUACAAAGCAGCUGUGUCUAUAGCUGAUUAUUGCCUGGCUGCUCCAUCUCUCACAACUAUACAAUCUCUGGUGCUUCUAAUUGCACACAGUUUGAUGACACCAUCGAAUAUAAAUAUUUGGACGAUGGUGCAUCUUUGCAUGGCGAGUUGUGUUGAUAUUGGGCUACAUCGUGAAAUGGCUGCAAGUCCCCACAAUCGCCUUCCUAUUCACAUUCGACGGAUGGUCUUUUGGACUGUCUAUUCACUGGACAGGUCAAUCUCAACAAUACAAGGGAGACCGCUUGGGAUUAGAGACGAGACGUUCGACGUUCAGAGGCCCGACCCCGCACUCGACUUCAAGGGCGACAGCAUUGAUAGGUGGGGCUCAUUAGCCCCAAGCUUUGACCCAAGCGGUGUCUGGCCGUAUACAGUACACCGUUUUGCUCUGGAUCGUUGGGUUUCAGCCAUCAAAUUACUGUUGUACCGCUGCCCAUCGUCAUGUGAGCAGAACCUGUUCAUUUGGCCUUCAGAUCUCGAACAUCAACAAGGUAUUCUCAAGAGCAAACUUGAGAUGUGGCGGCAUGAUAUUCCAGGCGUCGUGGACCAAUUAACAGUUCCUGAUGAGUUACUACGUAAAAGGCUUCGCCUAAAAUUAGAAGCUCAAUAUCACUCGGCAAUAAUGCUUCUCUUUCAGCCAUCACAGGCCCUUCGGAAGCCCAGCCUUGAAGCAUGCCGUCUUUGCUAUGACUCAGCUGUAGCGCGUCUCACCAUAUACUCGGAGCUAUAUGAGCUUGAACAAUUAUUUUGCAGUUGGAGGAGCGUGCAGGACAUCUUCCACGCCGGUGUGAUACUAAUUUAUCUGGUAUGCGGCUUACCAUCGGUGCAGCAAUCAGUAUCUCUACCAAGCGUUUCGAAAAACAUGCGUCUCUGCUCCAAUCUGUUAAGUACCGGGGGCGAAUGGUGGCCGUCCGUGAGAAAGGCCAAGCGAAGGCUGGAAAGAGCGGCAGACCUUCUGAUAGAGAGGCUUAGCGCACUCAACACUUCAGCUUUACAAUCGCAGCGAUCACAAGAUGUCACGAUCCUUGACAGGGGCGGAGUUCCCGAGAGGAACUUGGCGCCGCUCUCAUCUAGAUUCGCGUCAUCUCUGACUCGCUUUUCAGGGUGGAAUUUUUCCCUUUCGACUAAUGACGGCUUUUUAUCAACAUCAAAUCAGCCCACGUCUCGCCCAUUGACGUUCCCAGUUGUCUCUCCUGUCGGGUUUGACGCCCAGGAUGGACCUGCUAGCAGUAGAGGCCAGGCUGAUGCGCCACCAGAACAAGCACUUGUUGACUCACUAGAUUCGUGCUUUCCACUUUUAAGCGGGGAAGAAUCAUUCGAUGAUACUUUCUGGCAGUUUGUACAAUUAAGUUGA